AUGUAUACCUCUACAAACAGCUCCUACACCUCCAGUGUCGCCUCCGACCCUCAAUCCCCUCACUCCCCAUAUCAACAUCCUCAACCUACCUCCUCUCUCUCGCUCAAUUCCCGCCGUGGCCCCAUGCCUUUCAAAUACCCCCGGUUCUAUGCAUCCCCGUUGGACGAGGGCACCGACUCAACCCCCCUCCAAGUCUACGGCUAUGAACAGCGCGAACCUUCAAUCUACGGCAAGCCACCCAAGCUCCUCCGCCGGGUAUCGCACGCUCUAGGCGAUAUCCGCGAGGACAUGACUCUCCAGUUGGACCCCCUCAAGCGCCGCUCGACCAUCUUCUUUGAAACUCCACUCUCCCCAGCUAGUCCCGAGGUGCCCAUGACCUCCGAGGGCCCGCGGUCGCGACCCAUGUCUAUCAUCUCCUACGAUGCCAUCGCAGCCCCAUCUAGACGACUGAGCCAGCGCCUGACACGCCGCCUGUCUGUCUUUUCGUCGCGAGGCAAGCCCACUGGAAACGCUGGCGCCAGCAUUUCCACGCCUAACCUGAUCGGAUCUUCGACUCAAUAUGGAAACCGAAGCCAGGCCUCGUUCAUCUAG